GGCGGAGUGAGUCCGUUCCUGGCGGCUGAGGCCGAUUGAAGCAGCUGCGGCUGCAGUGGAGGUAGAGGGAGGCUGGACAGUGAGUAGUUCUGUGCGCUUUUCGGAUCUCUGCACGCUUGUGGCUCCCGUCACCUCUGGUCUCCUGUCAGAUCUGAUUGCUGUUGAGUGUUUUGCUCCAGCAUGCUGAGGGCUAAGACUCAGCUGUUUUCACUUUCCCCCCAUUGCCUGAAGGGGAUAAAAGAGUCAACGAGCUCCAAGCUAAUAAGGACACGAUGUCUGCAUCAGCAACAACCACUUCAUCCAGAAUGGGCUGCCCUGGCUAAGAAGCAGCUGAAAGGCAAAAACCCAGAAGACCUAAUAUGGCACACCCCAGAAGGCAUCUCUAUAAAGCCCUUAUAUUCCAGGAGGGAUACUCAGGACUUACCUGAAGAGCUUCCUGGUGUGAAGCCAUUCACACGUGGGCCGUAUCCCACCAUGUAUACCUUUAGGCCUUGGACUAUUCGGCAGUAUGCUGGCUUUAGCACAGUGGAAGAGAGCAACAAAUUCUAUAAGGAUAAUAUUAAGGCUGGUCAGCAAGGAUUAUCAGUUGCCUUUGAUCUGGCAACACACCGUGGCUAUGAUUCAGACAAUCCCCGGGUUCGUGGUGACGUUGGCAUGGCGGGAGUUGCCAUUGACACUGUGGAAGACACCAAAAUCCUUUUUGAUGGAAUUCCUUUAGAAAAAAUGUCAGUUUCCAUGACCAUGAAUGGGGCAGUUAUCCCAGUUCUUGCGAACUUUAUAGUAACUGGAGAAGAACAAGGAGUACCUAAAGAGAAACUCACUGGUACAAUCCAAAAUGAUAUCUUAAAAGAAUUUAUGGUCAGAAAUACUUACAUUUUUCCUCCAGAGCCGUCCAUGAAGAUCAUUGCUGACAUCUUCCAGUACACAGCACAGAACAUGCCAAAAUUCAACUCAAUUUCAAUUAGUGGAUACCAUAUGCAGGAAGCAGGGGCUGAUGCCAUUUUGGAGCUGGCCUAUACUAUAGCAGAUGGAUUGGAGUACUGCAGAACUGGACUGCAGGCUGGCCUCACAAUUGAUGAAUUUGCACCAAGGUUGUCUUUCUUCUGGGGAAUUGGGAUGAAUUUCUACAUGGAAAUAGCAAAGAUGAGAGCUGGGAGAAGACUCUGGGCUCACUUAAUAGAGAAGAUGUUCCAGCCCAAGGACUCUAAAUCUCUUCUUCUAAGAGCACAUUGUCAGACAUCAGGAUGGUCACUUACUGAACAGGAUCCUUACAACAAUAUUGUCCGUACUGCAAUAGAAGCGAUGGCAGCUGUGUUUGGCGGGACUCAGUCCUUGCACACAAACUCUUUUGAUGAAGCUUUGGGUUUGCCAACUGUGAAAAGUGCUCGGAUUGCCAGGAACACUCAAAUCAUCAUUCAAGAAGAAUCUGGGAUUCCCAAAGUGGCUGAUCCUUGGGGAGGCUCAUACAUGAUGGAGUGCCUCACUAACGAUGUUUACAACGCUGCUUUGAAGCUCAUCAAUGAAAUUGAGGAAAUGGGUGGAAUGGCUAAAGCUGUUGCCGAGGGAAUACCUAAACUAAAGAUUGAAGAAUGUGCUGCCCGAAGACAAGCUAGAAUAGAUUCUGGUUCUGAAGUAAUUGUUGGAGUCAAUAAGUACCAGUUGGAAAAAGAAGAAUCUGUAGAAGUCCUGGCAAUUGACAACACUUCAGUGCGUAACAAGCAGAUUGAAAAAAUCAAAAAGAUCAAAGCCAGCAGGGAUCGAGCACUGGCUGAACGCUGUCUUACGGCACUAACUGAAUGCGCCGCCAGUGGAGAUGGGAAUAUCCUGGCUCUUGCAGUGGAUGCUGCUCGUGCAAGAUGUACAGUUGGAGAAAUCACAGAUGCCAUGAAAAAGGUGUUUGGUGAACAUAAAGCUAGUGAUCGUAUGGUGAGCGGAGCCUAUCGCCAGGAAUUUGGAGAAAGUAAAGAGAUAACAUUUGCUAUGAAGAGGGUUCAUAAAUUUAUGGAACGUGAAGGUCGCAGACCUCGUCUUCUUGUGGCAAAAAUGGGACAAGAUGGCCAUGACAGAGGAGCAAAAGUCAUCGCUACCGGAUUUGCUGACCUUGGUUUUGAUGUAGAUAUAGGUCCUCUUUUUCAGACUCCCCAUGAAGUGGCCCAGCAGGCUGUGGACGCAGAUGUACAUGCUGUGGGUGUGAGCACACUCGCUGCCGGUCACAAAACCCUGGUGCCCGAACUCAUCAAAGAGCUCAACUCCCUUGGACGGCCAGAUAUUCUUGUCAUGUGUGGAGGUGUGAUACCACCACAGGAUUAUGACUUCUUAUUUGAAGUUGGUGUUUCUAAUGUAUUUGGUCCUGGGACUCGAAUUCCAAAGGCUGCCGUUCAAGUGCUUGAUGACAUUGAGAAAUGUUUGGAAAAGAAGCAGCAAUCAGCAUAAAAUGCUGGUUUCAUUUUUUUUCUCCUAAAAUGUUCUUUCCAUAAUAAAAAGAAUAAGUUCUUAAUUCCAGUUCAGUUUCAACAACUGAUACGUACUUCACUUGAAAGCUUUACUCUGAAAUUCCUUACUUACAAGAAUAUUGUCAUGCUGUAAGCAUGUAGAGUUGCACUUCAAAA